AUGGUAGCUGCUUUGGGGCCUGGUGCAGUGGGCAGGGUGGGUGUCCAGAGGAGCACAAUGCAGGGCCGAGACACCAGCGAGGGGCUGGAGAGUUUAGAGUUGACUACCACAGAAGCCCAAUCAGUUGGGCUGAGGGAGGGCCCAGAAAACUGGGGAGGCCUCCCUCUACCUGUCAGGCAUCAAAGUUUCCCUUCACCUGCCCAGGAGGACCCUGUGGUCACCACUGACAUGCUGGUGGAGAAGGGGCAUGGAGAGAGGGGAGCUGCUCACAGCCCCUCCCUCAAGCCCAAAAGUUCACCUGGAAGGAGGCUUAUCUUGGGAAAGGACAAGGCUGAAUGUGGAAUGAGGACCCGAGGGGUGGAAGUGACCCACGAGAGCACAGGCGGGGAUUUCACCUCUGUGGGCUUUUUUGAGCAGCCUGAGGUGGAGCUGAUACUCUUCCUCUUUGUCCUGACAUUCUGCACCAUAACCCUUGUUAAUGUGGCCAUCAUCCUAUUCUCUAUUCUAGAUGCUUGCCUCCACACACCCAUGUAUUUAUUCUUCAGAAACCUUUGCUCAACCUGCUUCACCACCAGUAUUGUUCCCCAGAUCCUGGCGAACAUGUGGGGCAGCAACAAGGAGUUCAGCUACGCUGGCUGCUUGGCAUACUGAGUGGCCUUGGCACUUGGCUCCACCAAGUGUGUGGUCUUUGCAGUGAUGGCAGUUGACCUCUAUUUGGUUUGGUGGCCUCUGUGCUAUGCCUCCAUCAUGCAUUACAGGCUUUGCCACCUCCUGGCAGCAGCUUCCUGGUCCUCUGGAUUUGCCAGUUCCUUUCUAUAUGCCUCAGUGUCAAUGGUGCUGUUUUGAUAUGGAAACCAGCAUAUGGACCAUUUCUUCUGUGAACUCUUGUUCAUUGUCAAACUCUCCUGUGUGGCUACUGGCUGAACAGAGUCCAGAAUGUUUAUUAUCUGGCUAGUAAUCCUAGGCAUGCCUGUCUUCAUCAUCCUGACCUCUUAUAUGUGCAUUUUCAGGGCAGUAGUAAAAACGUGCUCAGCAGAGGAAAGGAAAAAGGCCUUUGGGACCUGGGCCUCCCACCUAAUAGUGAUCUCAGUCUACUAUGGGGCCAUUAUGUUUUUCUAUCUGUAGCCAAAGGACAACUACUCCCAGGACCAGAGCAAAGCACUCGCAGUGCUCUACAUGAUCCUUGCACCCACCCUCAACCCUCUUAUCUACAUGCUUAGGAACAAGGAUGUGAAGAUCAGGAGAAUGAUGGGGAAGGAGCAGGUGGGGGAGGUAAAGAACUGGAAAAGUGGUGAGGCAAGUACAGGAGACACAGCUUGGGGAUGUACCUGUUUCAUAUCUUGA